AUGAGUCCAGUCACUCUCCAUCUCCGCUCUGAAACCAAGCCGUUGGAGCACAGAAGUGCUUUGACUCCUACCGUCACUCGAAAACUGCUCGAAGCAGGAUUUAGUGUGAAUGUCGAGAGAAGUCCAGAGCGUAUCUUUGCCGACAGCGAAUUUGAGAGUGUAGGCGCGACGCUUAUUGACGAAGGCUCAUGGCCUUCCGCCCCUGCUGAUCACAUGAUCAUUGGGCUCAAAGAGCUCGAAGACAAGGAACCUUUCCCACUGCGCCACACUCAUAUCCAGUUCGCUCAUUGCUAUAAAGGUCAAGGUGGUUGGCAAGAUGUUCUUGGUCGUUUUCCGCGCGGCGGAGGCCAACUCUACGAUCUUGAGUUCUUGGAAGAGGUCAGGGUUGCAGCCUUUGGUUUUCAUGCGGGCUAUGCAGGAUCUGCCCUAGCAUUGAUGGACUGGGCGUGGCAACUGAAUGAAAAAAGACCCCUGGAAGGCAAGACUCAUUAUGCUUACAAGCAAGACCUUGACCAAGAAGUCAAAAGUGAAGUGCAGAAGGGCUUGCAGAAGACAGGAGGUAGGUACCCACAAGUCUUGAUCAUAGGUGCCUUAGGACGGUGUGGAAAGGGCGCCUUGGAAUGCUGCCGAGUGGUUGGCAUCCCAGAAGACAACUUAUUGAAGUGGGAUUUGCAAGAGACGAUGGCUAAAUCAGGGCCAUAUGAGGAAAUACGCAAAGCUGAUAUCUUCAUUAAUUGCAUCUACCUCGACAAGGCAUCAGCUCCCAAGUUUGUAACCGUAGACUCGCUCAAGAGCGGCAAAAGGAAUCUCAGCGUUGUCUGUGACGUCUCGUGUGACACAACUAACCCAAACAACCCUAUUCCCUUUGCCAACGAGCCUACUUAUUUCAACAAGCCUACAAUCUCACUUCCUGGCUUCUCAAAUCCGCCACUCAGUUAUAUCACAAUUGAUCACCUGCCAAGUCUUUUACCGAGAGAAGCUUCAGAAGCAUUCAGUGAAGCACUAUUACCGUCUUUGCUCAAGCUACCCGAGAGAGAUACGGCACCGGUAUGGGUAGAUGCGAGAAAGUUGUUCGACGAAAAAGCCAACGAGCUGCCGGAAUCGUUGCGGCGAAGAGAGACAUCGGCAGUGAAUGGCGACGCCAAAACCUAA